AUGGAGAAAGUAACUAACAGCCUCGUGGAAACUAUUGUAAACGAACAGAAAAUUAAACUUUACAAUACUCAAAAUAGCUCAAAUGUUCAGAUAAAUGUUGAAUUAAACUCAUAUUUAAAUUGCAAUGAAACAAAUGAUGAUCGGUUGAGCAAAAUCAAAAAAAGAAUGAUAUUCAUGACAAAAGUAAUAUUGUUUAUAAUAUGCUGUUAUGCUGUUACUCCUUACUCGAACAAUCCAAAACAAAGAGAAUAUAAGCACACUUAUUCUGAUCUCAAAUUUUUAUAUUUUACGAAUCAAUCCCUGUACUUCACCGUUCUAACCGUGGCUGUUGGCUUCAUAUACAGACUCAAGCCUAGAUUGUUUGAAUUUUACAACACACUCCUUCCAGUUGCACUUACUUUCGAAAUUGUUGUCACGGGGGUGUUUUGGAGUCUUUAUUUCGUUGAUAAAAAAUUAAUUGUAAAUACUAACUUUCUCAAACCGGGGUAUGAAACACCCAUAUUGACAGAGCUAGGACUGCAUCUUUUUCCGUUGAUUUUAUUGAUUUUAGACCAGGUUGAUGUUAAGCUGAGACAAACUAGAUUGCAAUCUUGGUUCAUGACGUGCUAUCUAGCAUUA